CCGCCGCCGUCCCGCCGCCGUCCCCGCCGGUUCUCCCGCCGGUUCUCCCGCGCCUCGGCCCGCCUCCCAUGGCCUGUCGGCGGCCCGCGUCCCGGCCCGCGGCUCAGUAGUUGCGCUCCGGAUGCGCGCUCUCUCCGGCGGACCGCUACAGCACGAAGAUGGCGUCGGAGGGAGCCAGCGGAGAGCAGCCUCCCCCGGUACAGACCCUGGCCACCGCCGUGCUGGGCAGCCUGGACACGAAAUGUGAGUUCAACAUGGAUAAUCUGAGCAAGCCGGAGCUGCUCACCCUGCUGAGUAUCAUGGAAGGAGAGCUGGAGGCCCGAGACCUGGUUAUCGAGGCACUGAGGGCCCAGAGGAAGGAGGUGUUCCUCCAGGAGCGAUACGGACACUACAGCCUGACCGACCCCUUCCUGGCGCUGCAGAGGGACUUCGAGUGCGGCGUCCCCGGCGGGGACAAGGAGCGGCGGCCGCUGGGGUCCAGCCCCAUCUCCGUCCUGGAGGCUGUCAUGGCGCACUGCAGGAAGAUGCAGGAGCGCAUGUCGGCUCAGCUGGCUGCCGCCGAGAGCCGCCAGAAGAGGCUGGAGAUGGAGAAGCUGCAGCUGCAGAGUCUGGAGCAGGAGCACCGCAAGCUGACGGCGCAGCUGAAGGACGAGCGCGAGAAGAACAAGCACAUCGUGAUGAUGCUGGUGCGCGAGUGCAAGCAGCUGGCCACGCGCCUGGUGGAGGAGUCGCAGCGCUUCGACGAGCUGCAGGCGCGGCUGGACGAGGAGGCGCGCGGCGCCGGCCGGCUGCAGGAGGAGCUGGACGGCGAGCGGCGGCGCGGCCAGCAGAUGGAGGCCACCAUGGAGAAGCAGCUGUCGGAGUUCGACACGGAGCGCGAGCAGCUCCGCGCCCGGCUGGGCCGCGAGGAGGCGGAGGGCCUGGCCCUGCGGCAGCAGGUGGAGCAGCUCCGGACUGAACGGGGCGGCGGGAAGGACGGCGCCGCCGGAGGCGAGCCCGCCGCCGUCACGCCGGCCAAACCCAAAGCCGUGACGUCGGUCUCCGUGGCCACGGAGCCCGUCGGCUCCCGGACCGCGUCCUGCCAAACGGACCUUCCCCCGCAGAGCCGGACGGCCCCAGAAGACCCCCUCAGCAUCCCCGUCAAACCCGCCCCCGCCAACUACGUGGGCCUCAGCCUGCCCAAGACGUCUGGCCGGGGGGCCGUCCAAGGACUGACGCAGACGGAGAACGGCUCGGAGGGCCAGGCCCCCCACGGCCUGCCCAGCGGCGUCAGCCCCCGGGUCCAGGCCGCCCGCUACAAGUUCCAGGAACAGGACCAAAAACGGCACGGCUCCCAGAGUCCCCCCGCCCGCGACCUCUCCCCCACCAACCGGGACAACUUCGCCGCCAAGCAGCAGGCGCGCCACACCGUGACGCAGGUCCUGUCGCGCUUCACCAGCCCCCCAGCGGGGGGCGCCGGGCCCCUCCGGCCCAGCCUGCCGCACUCCGCCUCGGAGGGCGGGCCGUUCCCCGGCCGCCUCGGCCACCCCAUCGGCCUCAAGUCCCCCACGGUGGCCCGCAUCGACCGGGGGAACCCGCCCCCCAUCCCGCCCAAAAAGCCCGGGCUCUCCCAGACCCCCUCGCCCCCCCACCCCAUCAAGGCGGUGGGGGACAGCAGCCGCUCCCCCGGGGCGGGGCUGAAACCCACCACGCCCCAACUGCCACCCAAACCCGCCCUGGACCUGGUCCCGGCCCUGACGGCCUCUCAGGUGGGUGCCCGCCCCCUCCCCCGGGGUCCCGGGCGGCAGCCGGCAGCAGCAUGUGCAGAGUGCCCCCCCGUCAUCAGCGCCCCCUCCAUGAACCCCCCUCCACCCUCCCCCCCCUCCCCCCCCUCCGUUAGUGCUCCGUGCUCCGGUAGCCCCCCCGCCUCGCCCGGCAGCCCCCUGGCAGCAGCAUCAGGCUGGUGUCCCUCCGUAGUGUCCUCUCCCAGUGGUGGUGGGCCUGCUGCCCUGGACGGCGGGCGCCCCCUGCUCUUCCAAGCUGCUUCCCAGGGAAAUGUCACUUUAUUGUCAAUGCUGCUUAACCAACCAGACUCCACCGCCUCCACCUCCUCCACCUCCUCUCCCACCGCCGUGGAGGACAAGCCCAAUCAUCUCCACCAGGACCACCACCUCAACCACACCCAAACCUCCGCCUUGUUUGCUGCUGCUCAAAACGGACACACCGAGUGUGUGAAGCUGCUGCUGUCUUCAGGAACACCUGCCGACGUCUCCGAUGAGAACGGAUUCACACCUUUACAUGUUGCUGCUGCUCAGGGCCACAGCAGCUGCGUGGGGGCGCUGCUGUCUGCGGGGGCCGCCGUGGACUCGGUGGCAGUGGGGGGGCGGAGCGCCCUCUUCCUGGCCUGUGAGGCCGGAGGACUGGACUGCGUCCGGGUCCUGAUCGGAGCCGGAGCCGACCGCUCCAUCGCCACCGAGGACGGCUGCACCGCUCUGCACGCCGCCGUGCGCUCCGGACACGUGGACACGCUGCGCCUCCUGCUCGGCGACCCCGCCGCGACCCCCGACCCCCCCGCGGCCCUGCUGAACCGGGCCAACGCCGAUGGCUGGACCGCCGCUCACACGGCCGCCGCCCUCGGCUUCAUGGACUGCCUGGAGGUGCUGUGCAGCUACAGCCAGCAGGACGUGGACCGGCGGGACCGGUGUGACCGGACCAUCCACGACGUGGCGACCGACGACUGCAAAGACCUGCUGGAGAACCUGGACUCGUACCGGGUGCUGCUUCGGCUCCAGUGCUCCGGGUCCGGGUCCCUGGAGGAGGACGGGGGCCCCGACGGCCCCCUGCUGCUGGGCCGGGUGUCGGUGGACCGGGCCACGCGGUGGGCUGAGCUCGGCGCCGCCGUGGGACACGCCUUCACCUCCUACCUGCAGACCCUGUGUGGGGAGGGGCCGUCGGAGGGGGAGGAGGCCCCGCAGCGCCCCCUGCUGGGCCUCAGCGCCUCCAGCGUCUCCUCCGUCCUCAUCGGAGACACCCAGUGGUCCCCGGGUCAGGACCUGGCCCCGCCCCCCUGGGACCUGGUCCGGAAGCCCCUCAGCCAGACCGUCACCGUCCGCCUCAAAGGUCUGUCUGAGUCGUGUCUGGAUGAGCUGGCUCUAGAAUCCCUCCUCCCCCUGUCGCUGCUGCACAACUGCGUCCGCCUGGUGGAGCAGUAUGGAAACCUGGUCUUCCAGGGUCCGGAGGGGAGCUGUCUGGAGCGGCUGGCCGGCCUGGUGGCUCGCUGCAUCAAGUCCAGGCAGGAGUCGGGGGGGCUCAGCUGUGACGUGGUGAGGGUGGAGGUGGAUGAGAGUCUGACCAAGGAGCAGCUGUUGGAGACCUUUAUCAACUGUGGUUUCCUGGUCCCCGGGUCCGGUUCUGAGCGCGGGGGUCCAGGCCGUGGGGGGUUCUGCGUGGUGGUCCUGCUGGAGGGUCUGGAGAAGGCCUCGUCUCUGAGCGGCCUGCUGGGGGACCUGUGCCACAGUUUGGACAACCGGAGCUCUGCGUGUCCUCUGCUGCUGACCUCUGGUCCUCACCACUUCUCUGAGGGGAACUUCCUGAUUGGCACCUUGUCCAAGCCCCGCCUCCAGGGAGCGGAGCUCCGCCUCCAGCAGCAUUUCCGCUGGGUGACCCUUCGCUGGGACCAGGAACCGCUGCACGGCCUCCUGGGAAGGCACCUCCGCCGAAAGCUGCUGCAGAAGAUGGGAACAGGACCGUGGUCCCCGGACGGCCUCCUGGAGCGGCUGGUGGUCUGGGUGGACCAGGUCUGGCGCCAGCUCAACGCCUGUCUGUCCCGCCUGGGGACCCACGAGGCCCUGCUGGGUCCACAGCUCUUCCUGUCCUGUCCCCUGGUCCCCGGCAACACACACGCCGCUGUCAGGUGGCUCGCCCGGCUCUGGAGUGCAGUGGUGGUCCCCCGUGUGGAGGAGGCCAUCAUCUCCCGGGUAACGGCCCGCCGCUGCUCCUCCUCCUCCUCCUCCUCCUCCUCCUCGCAGAGGCCGUCUCCUAGCAACAGCGGUCUGAGCGCCGGGCAGCAGGCGGUGGUGAAGGCGGCGCUCAGCAUCCUGGUGAACAAAGCGGUGGUGGUGGGCUGCCCGCUGCCUCGGCACGAGAUGGAGCGCUACCUGCUGGAGCUCGGCGGCGGCGCCUUCCCCCUGUCGGCCGUCGGCUCCUACCGAGGGGCCCGGAGGGGGCGGGACGGCGGACGCCUCAGACGCUCCAACACCAGCCCCCGGAAGAAAGGAGGCCCCGCCCUCAGCCGGAGCGGCGGAGGCUCCUUCAGAGAGGCUCCACUGUCCGGCUCUGACGGCUGCUUCGUCUCCAACGGCAACAGCCACAGGGAGUCUGCGGCUCUCAGCGUUUUCUCUGACGAUGACUGUGAUCUGAUCGGAGAGCUGCAGACCAUCUACUCCAGCAGGUCCGAGCCCGACAUCAGCAAGAUCUCUGGAAACAGAGAGGAUCUGGUGCAGUUCUCCAGCUCUCCCAGCGAGGCGCCGCCGCUUCAGGAGGAGAGCGCCGUGCAGCCGCCGCCGCCAGCGACCCCCGUCAGCCCGUCAGGUCUCAGCUCCCAGCGGACGUCGGUGCAGAGCGGCGAUCGGCGUUCAGGCCCUCGAGCCAAAUCGCAGCUCCCCAUCCCCAGCAGCAGCAGCAGGGGGCAGCAGACACGAGCCCCGCCCUCCUCCUCCUCCUCCUCCUCCUCCUCCUCCUCCUCCUCCUCCUCCUCCUCCUCCAGCAGCAGCAGCAGUCCCAGCCGAAUCCAGACGCCCUCCAACCGCAGCAGAAGCAACAACAACUACCGCAACAACGUCAACCACAACAAGCAGACACAGCAGGAGGUCUGGAUCCUCCACAGAGACCUGCACGAACACAACAACAACAAAUAAUCCCCCCCCCCCCCCCCCCAUGUAAAGACUGACCACCUCGGACUCAGUAUUUGUACUUGUUAUGCGUACUUGUUACCACAGCUGUGUACUUGGGGACCAUAGUUUAAUCUAAUACAGUAUUUGAAUUAUGUAUCGCUCGAGGGACUUGAAGAAGAAGGUUCUUGUGGAAAAGGAAGAGAGGCGGCGCAGCAGAGCCGAAGGUGCCUGGCAGGUGGAGAACAGUCCUGAAGGUUCCACGCCGCCUUACCACUUCGUGCCACAGGGGGCGGCAGUGAGUCUUCGGCACUUCACAGCGGGACAGAAGAAGAAGCUGCAGCGCUUCUCCACCUCCUAAAGCAGUUCAGACUACAGAGGCUCAGUGCUGCCACCCGGUGUCCACGGCUGGUACUACAGCGCUGUCCUCCUGCGGCGAAGAACCUGAAGCGUCUUUCAAAGAGAGAAACGAGCAGGUUUUUAUUUUUCUCCUUCUUGCUUUUGUUGUUUUUGUUUUAUUUCUCGUUUGUUUUUGCUAUUUUACUAUUAAGUAUUUUGAAAUAUUCAAGUGUUUUAUCUUUGCAAGGUUGGUUCAAAUACUGUUGAAAUAAUCAGGGUUUUACCAAAUCUACUUGUAAAUAAGAAUCGGUAGGUUGAGAUGCUCUAUAGAUUGGUGUACGUGGUAUGACGCUUGUACAGUGAUCGACUCCUUAAAGCAAAACUGCUGAAUUUAAAAAACAAAAAAAGACUGGUGUACAUAGUGUUUGUAAGUUUGGUUCUGAGCCCCGGCUUGUGUGGAAGUGGACGGGAUGUGGCAAUAAGUACUGGAGUGUGUGAACACAGGAUGUCCUCUGUCAGCUGUAAGCCAUAAUAAAUAUGUGAAGUCCCAUCCUUCCCUCCCCGACUCAGCUUCUGUUGAACUCCGGCUUCCCGUGACGACUGUGGAGCUCCUCUGUUCAAGGACACGUUGUUUAUAUAUAUAUAAUAUAUAUAUACAUAUAUAUUUAUACCUAUGAAUAUAUAUCUAUACAUAUGUACAGGAGAGAUUUUAGUCCGUCUAUGAUUUUGAUGUGUAAGAUAGCUGUUUGAGGUUUUUGUCUUUCAAGCACAAACAUUAAAAAUGACACUGUUAAAAACCC